UUUCUGGAUGUAGGUCAGAUGAGGAGUGUGAGACCUUGGUGGACUGUUAGAAGCUGAGAGGGGGGUUACGAGGCUGAAAGCAGAUUGCUCAUUAACCGUACGGAGCGAGGAAAAGCGAACGAGUGUGUGAUGUCACAGCCCUGAUCCACCAUCUGCUUUCUUUCUUCACUUGCAUUCACAUUGUCUGAGAAAAGGACAGCGUUACGGUUGAGCUGGCACUACCGUCGUCCCAAUUGGAUCUUCUCAGACUAAUCCUGAGAGUCACAUGACCACUGGGAUUUCCCGAUUGGAUGGUCACGGACGCUCAAAAGCCUGGCACGAGUGAGAUGCUGACAGUUACAGUGGCAAAGAGGAAGAAAAAAAAAACGACUAGAAAGGAAUUGGAUUUGGGAAGUGAAGGAAAAAUUGAGGAUGUGUAUGUGACUGAAGAAGAGAGAGGAACAAGGAAUGAUGUAACCAAAGAAAUGAAGAUUGAGCAACUGAAUGAGUGUCAAUUUUAUCACAGAAAGCUAAGAGAAGAAACUCUGCCGCCAAGAACCACAGCAGGCCGAGCGAACCAAACCCAGCCCGAGGGGGAGCGCGUGAAUCAGGAAACAGAGGACGAGAUGAAGCAGGAGUCGUGUCUCAGGAACAUGAGCGAGUGGCGUGAGGUGGAUUUCGCUCUCAGCUGCACCUACAUCGUCCACGACCAGCCGUUUGAGCCUGGCUUCACCCUUCCCAGAGCCAUGAGCUCCAUCCCAAGCAACCUCACCUUCCACUACGGCUCUGACAAUGAGGUGACAGGUGUUUUCAGUAAGGAGUACCUCCCCCAGGGCACACGCUUCGGCCCCCUGCAGGGUGAGAUUUACGCCAAAGACGAGGUGCCGCCCCAUGCCAACAGGAAAUAUUUUUGGAGGAUUUACUCCGGCGGGCAGCUCCACCACUUUAUUGAUGGAUAUGACGUGCAGCGCAGCAACUGGAUGCGUUUCGUCAACCCGGCGCAUUCCCUGGCCGAGCAGAACCUGGUGGCCUGUCAGAAUGGACGUGAUGUCUUCUUCUACGCCAUCAGGCCCGUGGAGCCCCGGCGCGAGCUGCUCGUGUGGUACAGUCCGGAGUUCUCGAGGAGACUGUCUGGACACGCAGAAGAGCAAACAGACAGUGUGAAGCCAAAGCACUUUGGUGGUGAUGUGAUUGAAGCUGACCUCCAGAAGCACUGCCUACCUCAGUGGACCUGCCAUCCCAAACAGGCUUCACUCCCUUACAGCCUACACAGUCAGGAAGAGGUAACAAAGGAAGGAAAGGAUGAAUUUGAGGAAGCUGAGGAGAAGAUUGACGUGGAGGCCAUUGAGCAGGACACGCCACCCAGCACUCCAGAUCAGCACUUGAUGGACUCCAGUAAGAAGUUUCCCCAGGAAAGCACAAACAAAUCACAUCCUAAGCUUGUUUCCCAGCCGUGCCCUGACCGAGUCCUUCCACUGCAUCCUCAGAGCUAUUACAGCCCCAGGGAAGACUUGUCACCGUACCCUGCUCUGCCACACCCCUACCAUUUUUUGCCUUCAUUUGACCCUCAUUAUCCCCAACUUAUUCUAAGCCCUUACUCCCCUUCCAUCCCUGCUAUUCCACCCCCCAGAGGACCAUUCCACUACAGCAAUGUGCUGGCAAGUGACGCCUUGCCCUUUUCAGCCAUGACUCCACCAGGCCCACUCCCUGUUAAUCUUCCUUAUCCUGCCCUACAUCCUCGUACCAGCCUGGAAGCAAGGUCUGCGAAUACAUCACCUCCCCAGGGUGCCCCGGCCACCCCGGAGCUCUCCCCUCUCAUGAAUCACUCCUCAGGGUCUGAGGAAGCCAUCAACCUCAGCUUGGCUGCUACACCAAAGAUGAGCUCUAUGACAUCAUCAUCAUCAUCAUCAUCAUCAUCAUAUUCGGUGUCACCGCAAGGUCCAGGGUACAAGUCCCUGCCGUACCCACUAAAGAAACAGAAUGGAAAGAUCAAGUACGAGUGCAACGUCUGCUUCAAGACCUUCGGCCAGCUGUCCAACCUGAAGGUGCACUUGAGGGUCCACAAUGGAGAGAGGCCAUUUCAGUGUCCGUUGUGCCAGAAGAGCUUUACCCAGCUGGCACACCUACAGAAACAUCAUCUUGUCCACACUGGAGAGAAACCUCAUGAGUGUCAGGUGUGCCAGAAACGUUUUAGCAGCACCAGCAACCUGAAGACUCACCUGCGCUUACACUCGGGAGAGAAGCCCUACCAGUGCAAAGUGUGCGGCACCAAGUUCACGCAAUACAUCCACCUGAAGCUGCACCGCCGCAUGCACAGCUCAAGCGAGCGACCACAUUGCUGCCCGUUGUGCCACCGUGGCUUCCUCCAUCACUUUUCCCUCAGGCUGCACCGUCGCUCUGGAUGUUGCACCACCAAUUCCCUGCCUGAAAGCCCCGAGAUGAAGUACACCGCUGAGAUCCUCGAGCGAUUUGAUGUCAGCGCCGAGGCGGAAGCUCUCGCAGAGAAUUCGUCAGAGACCGAAGUCAGUGCCGCUCUGGAGAGGUGGCUGGACCUGGACGAUCGACCCAAACCCAGCCACUUCAAAGCCUCGGACUUUGACCUGCUGAAAACCUCAGGACUGGGGCAAUGGCAGGAGAGGGCCAGCGUGGUGCGCUUCGGUGGUGAAGGAAGAGUACAGUGAGGAAGAAAAGGGAAGGAUGUUUAAACUCCAGUUCCAGAAGUAGUCUAAAAAUCACCUAUGCUUGCGUGUAGUAGUCUAUGCCAAAAAAAUAUCCUGAGAGGAUGAGAGCUAAACCAAGCCAAGCAGCACCAAAAUAAAUAAAUAGCAUUUCCAAAGACUUAAUAAUUGCACUUAAGCCUUCUGUUCUUUGGCAGAGAGUGAAGGCGACCAGUUACAUCCUUGUACUUGUGUUUUCUUUUGUUUCGUUUAGUGUGUUUCUGAGCUCAUAUUAAUUUAUUACUCUCAGUACUAUUUGUGUUUGGUUUUAGAAAUGUGUAAAAUGUCAUUUUUGUACAUUGUUGUUUGGAAUUUUUUUUGCUGUUGUUUGGAAAUUAAUAAUAUUGAUUUUUUUCUCAGGACAUGUUGAUAAUCAGGGUAUGGAAUUCUUAACAAAAGAUAUCAGGGUUUUGUUGUGUGAAUGUUUUCCGAGUAUACCGUUUCUCAGCACCCUCACUGUAACCCAAGGUAUAAGAAAUUCUGCAAAUAGUUAUGCAAUGUUUGAUUUGCAAUCAUUUUAGAUCUUACUUCUUUAAAGAGAAGUCAAACUUCCACUUUAUUAUUUAUUAUUUAGAGAAGUCCUUUUUUUUGUUUUCUGUAUAAUUCAGUAAUUCAGUCGUCCAACACUGACCUGAACUUUUGGUGUAUUUUCUUGAGCACCAGAUCCCCAGCAGGAACUGAAGUUAUUGUUAAUCUCAGGACAGAUCAGGUGUAAUUUAUUACUAUGCUCUUUGUUUUAAUUUAUUAAACAUUAGCACUGGAAAAAGCAGGAUCUCGAUCCAUGUGCACAGUUACUGUUACGUAGCGAUGACAAGAAUUUGUUUACUGAUCGUCUUUGUUUUUCAUGUAGGAUUUUUGUACAGUUUUGUUUACUCAGCUAUUUUGGAUGUUGAUACUUUAUAUGUCAGAGUUUAUUUUCACUGAACUUUUGUAAUGUAGCACAUUAAAUAUAUUUCUUCUCAAAACUCUGUGUCAUUCAGUGUCUGCAUUUUUUCCCUGGAAUAUUGCACUCUUCCUGUUUCUCAACAUUUAUUUUGUGUUCCAUGGCGUGGGUAAUGGGUCAUAAUUGGAAAGGUGCCAUAAAGGCUAUGAGUUUAUAUCCUCAGAAGAACCACUGAACCUUUAAGAGAUGUAGACAUAACAAUAAACCCACGACAUUAGUAGGAAGAAGACAGAAAAGCCUGAAUAAACCCGAGAGUUAAAGUAGGUGCUAGUUACAGAGUCUUUGU